UUUUCAUUAAAUGGACACUAUAGCCAUCCCAAUACGUUUAGCUCAAUAAAGCAGGUUCUGUGCCUAGAUCAGGCUAAAGUAAAUUGUGUGACCAUUGUGUCACUUAAAGAACACAUUAUUUCAUCAUUAACAUGUACACAUAACUGUAUGAAUGACAUCCCUGUAUACUGCUCAUAUAUAAAUCCCUCAUAGAACAAAUCACAAUGUGCACAUGAAUGUUAUAGAGUUUGACAUGAGAAUCAAUAUAGGCACCUAGCAUGUAUCAAUGUACAUUGUAUGCCCACAUGGACAUAUAUCUGACUGUACUAAUCCCUCUUAUCCUUUGACUCCUCCUCAGAACCUCUUGUCACGAGGAUACAAACAGCCAUGCCACCACCACAACAACCACCACCACCACCAGUCUUCAGGCAACCGCACGAACAGUAUGCUCCCAGGCAUGAGCAUGGUUGGAUGGCUUCAGUUGAGGACUCGGGAGUGAUGCCACCGCCAUUGCCAUAUGACCUCUGGCAAUCCCACGGAACCUCCUGUCACGAGGAUACAAACAGCCAUGCCACCACCACCACAACAACCACCACCACCACCAGUCUUCAGGCAACCGCAGAAACAGUAUGCUCCCAGGCAUGAGCAUGGUUGGAUGGCUUCAGUUGAGGACCCGGGAGUGAUGCCACCGCCAUUGCCAUAUGACCUCUGGCAAGAUUCCUGGCCAGAGGAAUAUCCUUCCUUUGGCUUUGAGGGGGAGCCAAGACAGCCACAAAGGGUCCAUGUAUUUACACCCCCCACAACACAAUCUCAUUUCAGUCAUGGAUAUUACCCACAGACUAUGUCACAAGAAGUGCCGAUUGUAGAGACUGAGUGGUCACACACUGGUCAUCAGUGGGACUACCAAUCAACCAUGAGAGCUCCACCAUCCUCAUCCAUUGGACGAGCUUCACCAUCCUCAUCCAUUGGACGAGCUCCACCAUCCUCAUCCAUUGGACGAGCUCCACCAUCUGCAGAUGGAAAUACAGCAAAAACUACAGCUGCCCCUCAAGCAGCAGAAGAUACAGCUGAACCUGACCCUUUAAGCAGCAGAAGAUGCAGGUGAACCUGACCCUCAAGCAGCAGAAGAUGCAGGUGAACCUGACCCUCAAGCAGCAGAAGAUGCAGGUGAACCUGACCCUCAAGCAGCAGAAGAUGCAGGUGAACCUGACCCUCAAGUAGCAGAAGAUGCAGGUGAACCUGACCCUCAAGUAGCAGAAGAUGCAGCUGAUUCUGCCCCUCAAGCAGCAGAAGCUACAGCUGAACCUGCUCCUCAAGCAACUGGCAGCCCUGUUGCUCAAGAGCCUGUGGAUGCAUUGUAUUCUCCCCUGGGUGAGGAAUACAUUGCACUCCAGAGGAGGCUCGUGGCAAGCACUGAGAGCAUACAAAGAGGCCAAGAGAGGUUCUUCAGAAACCAAGAAAGGUUCAUCAGGAGCCAAGAGAGGUUCUUCAGUGGCCAAGAGAGGUUACAUAAACGUAGCAUAGAACUGCAGAGGGACAUGGCAGCAUCAUUAAGUUCAAAUGUUCAAAACCAGUCACAGAUGAUGCGAAUUCUGUCUGAUAUGCAGAUGGACAAAAGAUGGAGAGAACAAAAUCGACUCUUGGGUGUGUUGGUUGAGCACUGCCUCCUCUGUGGCCAGCACACCAGCAGAAACACCAGAAUUUGCUAAAACCAGGAGAGCAAGGCAAUCCACUACAGGCACCUCAACUCCCUCAUCCAAGAAGACAAAAAAUAAAUAAAUAUUAUUAUAGUUCACCAUAAA